AUGUUGGGACCGAAAUUAGUUCAGCAGACCUCUACAAAGGUUGUACUUAUCAGGGAGAAGAUAAAGGCAACACAGAGUUGGCAGAAGAGUUAUGCAGAUACUCGCCGACGGGUGCUAGAGUUUGAGAUUGGGGAUAUGAUUUUCUUAAGGAUUUCUCUUAUGAAGGGAGUAAUGGAGUUCGGAAAGAAAGGUAAGAUGAGUUCUCGGUACAUUGGGCCAAUUGAGAUCCUGGAAAGGAUUGGUCCAGUUGCUUAUCGAGUGGCGUUACCACCAAUAUUGUCUAGAGUUCACAAUGUCCUCCACAUAUUAGUGUUGAGGAAGUACGUCUUAGAUCCUUCACACGUGAUCAUCUAUGAACCCUUAGAGAUUGGGGAUGUUUUGACUUACAAGGAAGUACUAGUUCAGAUUCUGGGUGAGAAGGAUUAUGUUUUCGACUGCGAGGGCCAAAAUGAUGUUUACGGCCGCAAGGGCCAGGAAUAUGUUUAA